AUGGCUCGUGAAAUCCCAGGGUUCUAUUAUGAUGAGGAGAAGAAGAAGUACUUCAAGAUUCAAGCGAACCAUGUCGCUCCUCCAAAUGCACAAUAUACACAGCAAACCGUGAAGCGAAAGCGGUCUGAACUGAAAACACGUGAAAACAAGACACGAUUCAGACAACGUGAGAACAAGGAGACGAUCAGAAAAGCCGCGUCGUUGAAGCACCCUUUGGUUAAUGUCCAAAGAGAGAUCGGAGCCCUUGUAUCAUCCUCCAAUGCCAAGCAAGAGCAGCAGGCUCGCAUUCAGGCUAGCCAACUGCGCCGUGGAGAACUCCAUCGUUUUGAGCCAUGGCCUAGCUCGUACAGUAUCCGACAUGUCUUGCGCAACCCACGUUCAGGGACAUUGAUUGCCGGCUCGGCUCGCGGAUAUGAAUCGUCUGUAUCGGUCUGUUUUCCUGACAUUGACGAGUCACAAUGGCGCUAUGACCACACCAUGGAACGGGUUCUAUUCAGAGAGCCGUACUCGUUAGGAUCGAUGUCUUUGAGCUCGUCGGGAUACCUACUUGCAACAAUGAACGAAGGACCGCAAGGUGACUGCUUCCUUUCGGCGCAUCUCCUUCCAGAGCCCGACGAGGGCGGCAACUAUGUCUGGCCAACUUGUACGAUCCCAUAUGUAUAUCUAUCCCCGGACAUUGCGCUUACCCAAAACUGUUCAGUCUCUCAUCCGAUUCGGAUCAGACCCCACUACCCGAUGUCAUUCUGGUGCUCCGCAGCCCAGCCCGCAGCAUCAAGCGCUCACUUCGCCAUAGGAACCUCAGAAGGGCUCCACACCCUGGAGGGUACCAACAGCGAUUGGAUCCUAUUGAAGAAGCCAUUUAAGGGCAAUUCGGUUUCCACGGGCAACAGAAGACGCUCGGAGAACAACCAGAGCAAAAAUAGCGUACAUGCCGUGGAAUGGAUAUCACCCGACGUGAUUGCGGCUGGACAGAAAAACUCCAAAAUAUUCCUCCACGACCUACGCAGUGGUGGCAGUGCCACACGUCUCCAACACAACGAUGCAGUAAUGGAAAUAAAGAAGAUGGAUGAACACCGACUCGUGGCGGCGGGACCUAGCUCGCUACGAAUGUACGACCUCCGCUUUGCGCCAGAGGGGCUGAAACGUCAUGACUCCUCGAAGCCCUAUCUCAAUUUCCACGAAUUCUCCUCACUUCCGAUCCCAACCUUCGACCUGAGCACCGAGCUGGGUCUCCUGGCUAGUCCCUCCCAGGACUGCAAAAUCCAGCUCUUCUCUCUUCAAACCGGACUGCAGGUCUCAUCGCCUCUCACGGGACAUCAAUAUUCCUCGCCACCUAGCUCUGUGCGAUUUGAAUAUGGGAACGAUACCUUCGAGUGGCGGGGGCCACAUGGACCGAGUUUGUUGAUCGGCACAGAUGAAGUAGUUGAACAGUGGACAUGGUAG